AUGUUCAAAGAUAAAACUUAAUGGGUGUAAUAAUUAUUUCUCUGUGGUACUACAUUUUACUUUUCAGUAGCAGUAUAUCAGAGUUAGUAUUUCUUGGAGUAUUUUAAGCAAUUAGCUGAAGCUAAAGAAGCUGAUAGAGAUGCUUAUAUUGAAAAAUUAGGAGAGUUCUCAAGUCUUAUCUAUUCAAACCUUGAGGGAAUGAAAUAAGUGGAACUUGCAUAAGCUAUAGCUGAACUAAGGGAAAGCAUUUUAACUGUUAAAAGAAAUUCUCAAUCACUCUAUAGUGAUUUGAUUCUGAUCUUAAAUGAUAUCUUCGAUGCAUUUCCUAUUCAAGAAAUGGAAGAUCCCUUGAUUUAACAGUUUGAACUGACAUUAGCUUAACUUGAAAAGCUCAUUAAAUCUAACCUUAGCAUACUAAAUAUGGAAUCACUUACUAAUGCAUCUUAUUACUUCUGUAAAUUCUAAUACGGCGAUAAAGAUUUUUGGGAGAUGCUUGAGCAAUAAAUCAUAAAAUCCAAAGAUUCCUUGACCAUUUCUUAAUUAGCAAAAAUUUUGCUGUCCUUAGCAAUGAAUAAUAAAAGAGUUUAAGAUUAAGUGUGGAAGGAUAUACUAGACUCAAUCCUUAGUAAAAUCGAUAAAGCUGAGGUAAAGGAUACAUUUUAUAUUUGCAUGGCUCUAGGGGGUGGAAGAAUCAUCCCAUAAGUUAUAAAUACUGAUCUCUACUACACUUUAUACUUAAAUAGCGUAAGGCACAUUAGUGAAUUCGAUUUGUAUCAGCUAUCUCAAUUGUCCAUGUUUUUAGCAAGCCCCUAAGCAGCUAGAUUUGUCCCAGAUACAUUCUGGACUGAUGUUUUGAGUAAGGAACUUCUUGAAGCUCUAGAAAAUUAUAAUAAAUUUGAAGGUAAAAUCAACUCAAAAGUUUACUUUAAUGACUUCUUAAGAGCAUUAGCCUCAUUUGGAAUAAGAAGUGUCGGGGGCAAAUAAUUCCUAACUAAAAUUGAGGAAUUCUUUUCUAGAUAGUUGCAAAAUCUUGGAGGAAAGAUGUGCGAGAAUCUACUAUUCUUUAUGACUAGGCUUAACACAGAAAAUCCAAACCUAAUCAAGCAAAUUCUCAAUAGAGUUGAGCAGGAGAAAUUCAUAGAACAAGGUGAAUUUAAUGACUUUUAAAUGCUGGUAAAUAUUUAGAGCAAAUAUAAAAUAGACGUACAACCAUUGCUAAAACAAUUCGAUAUCAAAGAGGUAGAUGAUAAAUAAUCAAAAGAUUAGGAUUAGAAAUAAUGA